UCUAGACACAGGUUGUAUUUAGUUAACUACGAUAGUGACAUCCAUGCCCCUUAUGGUGUCUUCAAGAAUCGACUACACAUGUUCGCCGAUCCCUCAUCUAAAUACUUCCACUCGCCUUUACAACACUGGGCCAUGGCAUGGCUAAAUUUCCACCGCGACAUAGUACUACUUCCAAGACCUGGGACCUACGGUUUCGUAGCUCGACUAGAACCAAGCAGCCAAUUCGGUGUUACCAACAUUGAUUUCGCUUUAUCGCAAAUAUUUGAAUACGUUAGCAACAGUUCACACGUCCCUGGAGUCGAUUUACACUUCCACCUGGUGUAUAGUGUCAAAAAACACAACCAAAUUCUGAAAACGUGGGAUUUAGAUGCGUUAACCGAAAUUGCUUCAGGUCAUAAUUAUGGUUCUUUGAAAUUAAAGCUGAGUCGUAUUCUUCCUAAACAAAAAGACUUUCGAGUAUGUAUUGAGGGUUACAAGAAAUGGGCACCAGAAGAAGUAAAUGGGCAUUGGGGUAUAACUAUGGGGGAGAGUGACAACGGAGAGUGUGUUAACAACACCGUGAUUGAUAUUUCCUCGAAUGGUAGACGCUCCCUAGAACAAAAAAGUGGAAAGUAUAAACAUUCAAGUUGUCAGAAUGUGGUACCAUACUCUGCUCAUAACAUGAAAUGUCUGGUCAGUCAUACCACCCUCAGACACUACACUUACGAAGUCGCCAGUACUAACGUACCACCACGCUUAAAACAAAUUGUCACUAAUUUAGGAGAAGACUUGAAGAGUCUUUAUAACCAGUACUACUCUUACAAGAUUGCACACAAUGAAAAUAUCACCGAAGACUCUUUCAAAGUAGACGUAACGUUCCCGUUAGCAGCACAUGAAAUUAAUGUUGAAGUAGCGACAAGAGAACAAACGUACGAAUUUUCAGGAAUACCACUAAAGUACUGGGACUGGUUUAAAAUAACCCCCGAAUCUACAACGUACUCUUUAGCUUUUAUAGAAAAGCACGAAAACGGCGAGAUCGAUCACUGCACCAUCCGGUCCAAGCGUCGUCAAUUCAAUCAAAAAGCUGUGUCAGAAGUAGUACCAAACGAAUGGACCUUGUACGUCGCUAACAAUUUAGAAUCACACGACCACGUCUACAUAAAACGGGUUGAUGACAAAAUCGCUGUUAAACUCGUUCGUAAUGACCACACUCUUGAAGUACUACCUGUAGCUGAAACCAACGAUUAUCACAUUACAUAUGAUGCAGACGCUUCUUCAAACGAACGUCAAGAAGAGUGGUUACACUAUCGUAUAUUUGAUGAAGACAUCCAUAAGCGUCUCGUUAUCUUCCUUCAACAGAGUGGAGUUCAUUUGGAGUAUGAUGUACGACACGUGGUGAUCACGAUUCCUGAGGGAACUUAUUGGUACGGUCAGUGUUAUUCUGGUGUCAAAUCGUUAAUUCCACCGACUACUGGCAACUUAUUUUUUUCGAAGACUAAUAUAUCUUCCAUGGAACGGGAAGUACCCACCGCUGAGAAAAUAUCGCCCUCGACCAGUAACAUUACAAAAGAAAAAAUUUGAAGCUUAAUUUGAUAAGUACUUAUGAGCAAUGGUACCAAAAUAGUGAACAUUGUAACAAUUUUUGUUUAUUAUCACUCGUUUAAUACAAAUAUUUCCAAUAAAAAAUGCUUAACAACGUUGUCAGGUUGAAGAAUUAUGGCAAUAAAUACUUUAACCAUUGCCAUUGCUGUGUUUUUUCCGAGAACAUUCUGG